ACCUGUAUUGAGGAGGGUAGACUGUGAAGGUCAGUGAGGCUCUUUUAAACCAAUUUUGGGCAACUUUCACAAUUCUUUCUUUGUAUAUAUUAAGUCCGGCGUCUGUUUUUGACACAGCCAAAGCUUAAAACCCACAACAACAACAACAACACAUACUUCUGCUUGAGGCUCACCAGCUAGCUGUAGUUCUACUCUGAGAAAAGUUCUCAUUCAGCAUUGACUAACUAACUCAGGUAAAGAAUGCCUUUCCAUUUUUGCCCCCAGUGUGGGACAAAGUUGCAGCCUGGUUUUAAAUUUUGUCCAUCAUGUGGGGAGAAGCUCCCCUGUCCUGUUGAUGUACCUGAAGAUGUGGGAGCCACUGCUUCUCUUAACGUCUCACCCCUUAAAAGUGAUAAAGCAACAGCAUUAAUCAUUAAAACAAGUCUAGCUUCAAGCACAAGUUGUGAGGCUACAGAAAGUUCAAUUUCUCCUCGUCCUGCAAUUCGAAAGACCCGCAACACCCUCCAUCUGGCCACUCCACCUGCCAGUAAUUUCACUAAUCUUGUUAGAGAUGACAGGAUUGAAGGUAACAGCAUUGGAGUCCAGACAUCUGCACUAAAGCAGCACACAGUCACUUUCAAUCUCGACGCACAGGUGGAGCCAAAAUUAGAGUCUUCUCCUGCUCUUCGAUCUGUCAGAGGAAAGGCAAACCUCUCCCCGCGUGCUGUGAAGCAGGUAGAAAAAAGAAAGAGACCAAGUGAUAAAACAAGUGGAAAACAAGAGGAAUCAACAGUAGACGGCUCUCUUGUGGCCGUCACUGCCCCCGUUUCAUCACCAAACGCCAAGUCUCCUUCAAAAGGAAAAGGCAAAGCCAAGAAGGCAAAACAUGCGCCUGCUGUGGAGCCGCUAGAGGAGGGUGAGGAGGUGACCGACACGACGGGCAAGAAGUGGAAACUGGUGAAACUGCUCAGUCAGAGCACGACAGAGGUCAUCUACGAAGUUGUACAAACAGUGUCACGGGCCAAUUCCAAGGGGUCAGACCACAUCCUCAAACUGGGAGCUAAAGAUGGAAGAAUCUUCAAUGAGCAGAACUUUCUGCAGAGAGCGGCUAAGCCUGCAUCUGUGGACAAGUGGAUCAAACAAAACAAGAUGGAUUUUCUUGGGAUUCCUUCCUGUGUCGGCUUUGGUCCUCAUGCAGAGUCUUACAGGUUUCUUAUUUUCCCCAGUAUAGGCCAGUCUCUCCAGUCUGUGAUGGAGGAGGGCAACCAGCUUCUGUCUGAGAAAGUUGUUCUUCAGCUCACCUGCAGAAUAUUAGAUGUGAUGCAGUACAUACAUUUAAACGAGUAUGUUCAUGCUGAUAUUAGUGCAGAAAACAUCUACAUCACACCAGGACAAGAGUCACAGGUAUACCUUGUAGGAUACUGCUAUGCCUUCAGGUACUGUCCAGGAGGCCAACAUGUAGAGUACCGUGAAGCCAGCAGAACAGCGCACGAGGGCACCAUGGAGUUCAUCAGCCUGGAUGCUCAUAAGGGAGCAGCUCCGUCUCGACGCAGUGACCUGCAGUCUCUGGGUUACUGCAUGCUGUGUUGGCACAUAGGGGCGCUGCCGUGGUCCACCCUCACUGAGCCGGAGCAGGUAGCCACUCAGAAAGAGAGGUACAUGGAGGAUGUUCCUGCACUGUUAAGUCACUGCUUUGGGAAGAAGAAAAUUUCCAGUGCAUUUAAAACCUACCUGACUGCAGUGAUGGCUCUGCAGUACUCUGAGGAGCCCGACUACUCAGCGCUGAAGGCCGGGCUCAGUUCAGCUCUGCAGCAGCUGGGCGGGUCGCCGGAGGAGCUGCUCAGCUUUUAAGUGGAGACACACAGCUCUGUAACAUCUGUGCGCACACACCUGAGUAUCUCUGGUCCAUUAGGUUUUUUCCUUUUUUUUGGGAGAAUGUACUUUGCUGAAUGAAAUUGAUGAAAUGUGAAAAGACAGCGUCUGUUUUGAAUAUAAGUGUCUGAUUUGUUACGUGACACUCUUAAAACAUAUUUUCAUCUUUUAAUGUCUUGUUUACAGCUGAUGCAGCUCCUCUUAUACACUGAUUUUUAUUGUACCAUUUCUGAUUAGAGCACCACAGGACUGAACUUAGAUAAUCCCCUGUGACUUUCAUAUGUCUGCUAUGAUUCCUGGUAGAACUCCAUUGAUUAAUUGACUGACAGAAAAUUGACCAGCAACUAUUUUGAUAAUCAUUUUAGUAAUUUUUUAAGAAAAUAUGCCAAAACAUUUACCGUUUUCAGCUUCUUAAAGUGGUUGAUUUAUUGCUUUUCUUUGUCAUUCAUUGUAGCAAACUGAUUAGCUUUGACCUCUGCUAGGUCAAAACGAGACAUUUAAAGACGUCACCUUUCACUCCCUGAAAUUAUAACUAUUUCCUGACAUUAGAUAGAUAAGUCGAUAAAUCAACAAAGUAAACGAUAAUGAAAAUGACUAAAUGUGACUAAAUGACUGAAAAUAACAAAAAGAAUUCUCAAAAAACAUUGAUUAUAAUCAGAUGAAUAGGAAAUAUGAAAGCUAAACUUAAAACUAAAUUAAUAUUUUGGAAGUUUAACUCAUUCAGUGAUGAUAAUAUAACAUGCUGCCUAUUUUAUUUUAACAGAUGUGGAACAGGAAAAUUGCAAGAUGGACUGUGUGAUUGACUUGUUUUAUCAUGUUGUGUUUUAACUUUGAGGUUUGUUUGGUUUUUUGCACUAAAAGCAGGUUGACGUAAAGUUCAGUAUGUGCUGAUGACACCCGUCGGGUUUGUUCAGGUCGUUGUUUUGAGUGUUCAUGGUGUCGUACAUUUCUCAGAUCAAAUGUGCUGCAGUUUGAAUGGGAGAGGGAUGCAAGUUCUCAAUGUUUGAUGUACAGAUAUUGGGUGUUACUUUGUUAGUCACUCCACAAUUUGUCUUACUUUAGGUAUUUUAACUAGUUGAUUGUCAUUUUUACACAUUGCUUAACAUGUAGCUGUGGUUCAUUUGCCUGUAUUAAAUGGCUAUUUUCUUUUUUUUUUAAACAGUGCCUUAGUGUCCUUUGACAUCACUUCACAACAUUUAAUUUGUUUAUGCUCGUAAGAAAACAUUUUAAAUUUAAAGAGUGGAAAUAAAUAUCUUCA